AUGUAUCUACAAGAGAGCUUAAUCGUCGAAAAGGACGGCGAAUGGUUACAUGAGCUAGCUUUGCGUAACACAGCCAUGAAAUCGUUAAACUUCUACAUGACAAAUCUGGUUAAGUUCGAUUUCAAAGAUCUAGAACUCAUCGCAAAAAACUGCAGCGAAUCGUUACUAUCAGUGAAAAUCAGCGAAUGCGACCUCACAAACCUUUCCGAUUUCUUCAACCACGCAGUGAAAUUACAAGAAUUCGGCGGUGGCGCUUUCAGCGAUCAACCUGAAAACUACGCCGGACUGAAAUUCCCUCCUCUUUUAACUUCCAUGGCGUUGAAUUACAUGAGCCAACCCGAAAUCCCAGUAAUCAUCCCAUUCGCUUCCCGAUUAACAAAACUUGAUCUUCUUUACGCUCUAUUGACAAUUGUAGACUAUCGAGGCUAUGAAGUGGCAGUUCAGAACUUUUUGAGAGUUUUAACAGGUCGCCAUGAAAAUGCUAUUCCAAGAUCCAAACGUCUUUUGAGUGGUGAAGGAAGCCAUAUACUGCUAUACAUGACAGGACAUGGAGGAGAUGAGUUUCUGAAAUUUCAAGACUCUGAUGAACUUGAGAGUCAUGAUUUGGCUGAUGCAAUCAAACAGAUGAAAGAACAGCGUAGGUUCAAGGAACUGUUGAUUAUGGUAGAUAUAUGUCAAGCUGCUACCCUCUUUUCCCAUCUCCAUUCACCUGGUGUUUUAGCUAUUGGGAGUAGCAUGAAAGGGGAAAACUCAUAUUCACAUCACUUAGAUUCUGAUGUUGGUGUCUCUGUUGUGGAUCGAUUCAAAUUUUAUACGUUAGCUUUCUUUGAGAGGCUCAAUAUGUAUGACAAUGCAUCAUUAAUCACUCUGUUUGGCUCAUUUAAUCCAAAUUUACUGUUGUCAACUGCAUAUUAUCGAACAGAUUUAUACCAACAAGAAUUGGAGAAGCAUGUUAGCGGCUUAUUAUUCUUGAAGCUGAUUGUAUGGAACUACAGAUUAUGGUGCUCUCAUUUAUCACUGUGGAUUUCACAAGGAAUCCUUAAAAUACCUACACUUAUAUCAGGAUUCACA